AUGUUCAAUCUCCUUAGUGAGAAACAGGACGGGGCCAUCAAGGAUCUUCAGGCCGAGCUAGAUAGGGCUCAGAAGGAGGCUUUGAUCCUGUGGCGGGAACAUGUUAACCUAGUUGAAAAGGUAAAGGUAUUUGAAGUUAAAAAUGAGGAACUAGUCGUGGUGACUAACAACACAACCUCGCAAGUCCAACAGAAGAUCAACCUGAUUGACCAAUACCGAGCCGAGAUGAACAAGGUCCAAGAAUUGGCCGAUGGGUGGAAAAGCAAAAUGGACCGUCUGGCUUCUGAGAAGGAAACCCCCAAGGCGAAGCUGGCAACGGUAGAGGUCCAACUCCGGGUGGCGAAGGAGAAAGCUGACAAGCGGUCUCGGCUGAACGAUGAUCUUCGUGCACAACUGAGCUUAGUUGUCAUAGAGAGGGACGCCCUCGGUAGAGAAUGCGAGGCAGUGAAAUCCAAGUUGGCUACGACCUCCCCUGAUGUCGGCAAAAUGGUGGCCCAUAACAAGGCCGAUGUGGAGGCAGCCGAAAUCCGCCUGAAGGCAAAGGCCAAAUAUAUGAAGCGGCUAUCCCGCAGAGAGACCCUCGAGGAGAUCCAUGCCCGAGGUUUUGACCUAUCAGCCGAGAACGAAGAAUCCAAAAAAUCUGAGGCCGAGGCGAAGAAGCUUUUCGAGCUUGAAGGUUCCGAGGGCUCUGAGGGUUCCGAGGGCUCUGAGGGUUCCGAGGGAUCCGAAGGAUCCGAUAGUUCUGGCGAAGAGUCGGGCCCUGGUGAAGAAUAG